AUGAGUAUGAGCGCGACUGUUCCCUUGAAAGAAGGAGAAGCACCAGAGGCGUCCACUAGUGCGCCGGCGGAGGCGGCGGGAAAGACUUCGAAGGUUAUAGUUGGAUAUGCUCUCAGUUUGAAGAAGAAGGACAGUUUCCUGCGGCCCAAGUUUCUUAACGUAGCUCGAACCAAGGGGAUUGAAUUUGUUCCGAUUGAUGUGAAUAAACCUUUGUCGGAACAAGGUCCAUUCGACAUUAUUUUACACAAGAUAGAAGGAAAGGAAUGGACUGAAGCUCUUAAGGGACUGAAGCCGGAGGUCAUAGUCCUUGACCCCCCUGAUUCCAUUCAGCGACUGCGAAAUCGCCAUUUGAUGCUCGAGGUGGUUUCUGAUCUGAAGAUUCAAGAUAGUGAUGGCAAUGAAUUAGGCCAUGUUCGUGUUCCGAGACAGGUGGUGAGUUCUAGCAAUCCUGCUUCAAUCCCUGAUGAAGUUUCUAAAGCAGGACUAAAGGUGCCACUAGUUGUGAAACCACUGAUCCUCGAUGCAACUGCAAAGUCGCAUGAACUAUCCAUGGCGUACGACCUUCCAUCCCUCGCAACACUAGAUGGUCCCGUUGUCUUACAAGAGUUCAUCAAUCAUGGCGCAGUGGUGUUUAAAGUUUUCGUAGUCGGUGAGGCUGUUCGAGUUGUAACACGCCCAUCUCUCUUUGAUGUAUCCGAGUCCGAACUUUCAACACUUUCCGGCAUCAUUCCCUUCCACAGAAUUUCCUCUGCUAAAUCAUAUUCAGUCGCAGUUCCAUAUUUUGAACUUCCUCCGCAGUCUUUGGUCGAAGGCCUUGCAAGAGAGAUCCGCGAAAAACUGGGACUACGGCUAUUCAACAUGGACGUUAUCAAAAAGAGAUGGAGCAAGGAAUACUACGUCGUGGACAUAAACUACUUCCCUGGAUACGCAAAGAUGCCCGGUUACGAGGACAUAUUCUCCGACUUCCUCGUCAGCCUCGGCCCGAGCAUGAAACAGCUGUGAUGAGUGUUCAUUUUCUUACUUCUUCUACAUCUACCUUUCUUUCUUAGCUCAGAUCUAUCAUAUCAUAGUUCAAAUAUACAGAAAAAAUACC